UUUUUUCAAAACCUUUAUCUUUAUAAUAUAAUAUUAAACAGUGAUAAUGUUAUCGCCACAAGAGCAACAAAUUGGGAUAUGUUUAUUAAAAUUCAAUUUAGAAGAUAUUGAAAAUGAACUAGUUGUACAGAGAUCAGCAUUGCCCGCGUUAGAUGCCGAAAACGAACAAAAGUACCGCGAAACAAUGACAGUGCUGAAAGUUGCACGCUCACUGAACAAUGAGACAGAACGAUUGAAGUUGGAAAACGUGAGAUUAACUGCUAAGCGGAUGCAACUCAAACGACAGUGUGAAGAUAUAAGUAAGUCCCUUGAAACCGCGCAAACAAAUCGAAAUCAUUUAAAAGAAUUGAUAAUGGACGAAGAAAAUGAAACUGAGAAACUCAUCCGUCAAUAUGAAGAUUCGUUGCGUGAAAAAGCGGAUCGCUUCAGAAAUACUCGGGGAUAUUAUAAUGAAGACGAAGUAACUUCUGAAUACAAUAAUGUCAUCAGUUCAUUGAACGAUCUUCAGCUGCAACACGACGAAUUGAAGAGUACGGUUGAAGAACUUAAGAGACAGCUUCAGGCCAUAGUUCCUGAAAUUCCUGAUGAUAUUCUAAAUAUUGUAGGAAAAACUGAACUAGCAGAGAAAAUAAAAGAGUUAACAGAAAAAUGCGCAACGCUCACAGAACAUCGGAAUCAACAACGUAGCCUGCAAAAAGAUCCUAUUCAGUCCAUUCUCUUGAAAUUUUAA